UUGUUCAAAUGGUUCGUAUGGCACAUUUUAGUUUUCCAUAAGCUAACAGGUGAAUUAAAAGCUACAGUUGCGAAAAUGAAGUUGAUAUUAGUGGUGCUGUGUUGCGUUUUGCAGACAAUAGCCGGGAAACACAUUAGCUCUGAACCAAUUUUGUUCCCACCGCAAUCGUCAUUAACCAGAAUUGUUGGAGGCGUCGAUGCUGAGGAUGGUGCAGCCCCGUUCCAAUGCUCGUUGCAAUUGAAUGAAACACACUUCUGUGGAUGUGCUAUCAUUUCGGAUAAAUGGGUUGUCACCGCUGCCCAUUGUGUUGUUGGUGAAACAGCAGAAAAUCUGGAAGUCUACGUUGGAUCGAAUGACUGGAAAAUUGGUGGGACUUCGUACAGAGUUGCGGAAAUCAUAGUUCAUGAGGAACUUUCGUCCUUUUUUGCUAAUGACAUUGCCGUGAUUCGUGUGCAAGGAUCAAUUACAUUGAACGAUAAAGUCCAAACAAUCGAAUACUCAUCCGAAGAAGUACCCGAUGGUGCCGUUCUCCAACUGACUGGAUGGGGUCGAUUGCAAGCCGGCGGAGUAACGCCACAACACUUGCAAAUCAUUAAAUUGAAUGCGGUCCAAACUGAAAAAUGUAGAGAAAUCUAUAGUUCGAGUGCACCCGUUCAUGACUCCCACAUUUGUACAUUGAACAAAGUUGGUGAAGGUGCUUGCAAUGGUGACUCGGGUGGUCCACUUGUUUACAACAACAAAUUAGUUGGAAUCGUUAGCUGGGGAGCACCAUGUGCCAUAGGCAAGCCAGAUGUUUUCGCAAAGGUCGCCUUCCUGUUCAAUUGGAUUAAGAACAAUACUGUAUCAAACUGAAAUCCCUUGAGUUAAUUGUGAUUUUCCUUGAAGUCAUUGAAAUGAACUAAAAUAACACAUUUGAUUUAAAUAAAGACUUUUUCAUUCUGAAUUAAAUGAAAA